AUGGAGCCUGAAAAGCCCUUUGCUUGUACUAUGCCGGACUGUGGGAUGACGUUUACAAAUGAAGAUCAUCUCCAUGUACAUACGAAAAAACAUGAUAUGGUAUUGCAACUUGGUUUGGAGCAAAAGGCAGCAUUUGUUGCUGAUCAGACUCCAACACCUACACGCUUCAUUAGAAAUUGUGAGGAAGUUGGGCUCUUUCAAGACUUGCAAAAUGUCAAUCCAUUUGAUGAAGGGUUUAAACGGGCGAUGGAAACAAAGCAUGGAAUUUCAUCACUGGAAGGAUCUAAUGUGGCAACUUCAGAUGAUGUUCUACAUACCCCACAUUUAGUGUUCCCAAUCAUAGACUCUGGAGACUGUGCAUUAUUUAGCACUACCAAUAAUCAGAGGAAUAUUAAAAUUAGCAGAUCAUCUAGCGACGAAUCCGGAGCAGUAAAAGAAUACGAAACUACAACAAUAUCAAAAUUAACAAAUGAAGUUACAACAAUAAGCAGAGUGGUCGGCAAGCAGGAUGUAUUAGACAGAGUCACAACAACAGAUGAUGUUUCCAUAGUUAGACAUGAAGAGACAGCCCGAAAUAAAGAUGGUGUUAACGAAACUUCAGUGUCUUACACUAAUAAUAUCAUAAAAAUACACAGUAAUGUCGAAAUUAGAAAAGAUGGUAGUGUUGUUAAUAUAGAAAACUCAAAAAAUACACAAGUUCCUGUGACAAUGAUAUCGUACACGGAUUCAGUUAUCAAAGACGCGACUAAUGUAGUGACAAAAGAUGUUUUGCUAACAGAUACAAAUAAGUUACACGUAUCACAAGGAAAAAUUCCGCCUAUAAUGAGUCAGAAGUCGUUAGAUUUUGUAGUGGAUAGUCUUACUUCAGAUGCAUGUCACACCGAUUCAACAGUUAAUAAGGAUAAAGAACAAUUACAUAAAACUCUUAAAAGAAACUAUGAUGAUGCUAACAAAACCGGUAGCUCUGUAGUAGAUAAGCCUAAAACUGUUGUAAAUAUUAAGAACCAAUUAAAUGAUAACGAAAUCAAACCUAAUUUAGAAGAUCCAAAGGACAACGAUUAUGAAGUGAUCAUAAAACUACCAAAUGGUAAGCGUGUACGAAUGAAAGCCGUUGAAGAUGACGCAACAACUGAAAAAACAGUACAAACAGAUACUAAAGAGAAACUUAAAAGUGUUAACUAA